AUGAGUUCUCAUCAGCAGAAGCAGCCCUGCCCCCCUCCCCCUCAGCCUCAGCAGCAGCAGGUGAAACAGCCCUGCCAGCCUCCACCCCAGGAGCCAUGUGUCCCCAAAACCAAGGAGCCAUGCCACCCCAAGACUCCAGAGCCCUGUCAUCCCAAGGUGCCAGAGCCCUGCCACCCCAAGGUUCCUGAGCCAUGUCCCUCAACGGUCACUCCAGCACCAGAUCAACAGAAGACCAAGCAGAAGUAA